AUGCGGCGCCCAUGCCUGCACGCCUCCGUGGCACUGUCCGUGCUCGAGGCAGGGGGGUCUCGCGAUCACAUCUGCGGAAAUGGCUUCGAGCGCUACGACGCCGCGGUGGUGCGGAAGGCCCUGAAGUCCGCCGCGGUGUUCGCGCAGGCUCACCACACUUCUUUCUACUACCCGUCCUACAGCGCUCAGAGCGGCGAGAUCGUUGGCAUCCUCAAGCAGCUGCAGGAGGAGAUGCAGGCAGACCUUGGCGAGGCGCAGAAGGCCGAGGCCGCCCGCUCCGAGGCGUUCGAGGAGCUCCGCUCCGCCAAGACCAUGGAGAUCGAGGCUGGGGAGAAAAUGGAGGAGCAGAAGGAGGACGAGCUGGCCACAGCGACCAACAGCCUGGCCGAAGCGAAGGAGGACCUGGCCCAAGAGGAGGCCUCCCUGUCCGAGAACCAGAAGUUCCUGGAUAACAUGAAGGCGACCUGCGAGACCGCGGACAAGAACUUCGAGGAGCGUAAGAAGUUGCGCAUGCAGGAGAUUGAGGCCGUCGCGCAGACCAUCCAAAUCCUCACCGAGGAUGACGCUCGGGACGCCAUGACCGGGACGUACAGCUUCAUCCAGCAGGCGAAGGAGGUGGAUGUGAACCGCAGGCGGGCUGCGGACAGACUGCGCGAGGUGGCAAAGAAGGCGCACAGUCCCCAGCUGUCUAUCCUGGCCACCUCCGUCGAGCUCGACGCUUUCACAAAGGUAAAGAAAGCAAUCGACGACAUGAUCGCCACCCUGAAGACCCAGCAGGCGGAUGAGGUGAAGAAGGUUGACUGGUGCAAGGCCGAGCUGCAGCAGAACGAGAUGACGAGCGCGAAGACGGAGGACCGGAAGUCGGACAUGCAGGCCAAGGCCAGCGAGCUCGAGUCCAACGUCCACACGCUCGAGGAAGGCAUCCUGGAGGCCCAGAAGCAGAUCUCCCAGGCCCAGGUCGAGCUGCAGAGCGCGAGCCUGGAGCGCAAGUAUGCCAACAUGGAUUUCCAGAGGACCGUCGGAGACCAGAUGGUAACGGUCGAGGUGCUCAAGAAGGCCGUCACCAGGCUUUCCAAGUACUACGACCAGGCCGCGCUGCUGCAGAGCCGCGGGAGGUCUGGCGAGGAGCCAGCGCCAGGCAGCGUGGCGCCCGUGGCGCAGAUGGAGUACAAGCCCAGUGCGGGCGCGGCGGGCGUGAUGCAGAUGCUCGAGAAGCUGAUCUCCGAGGCGAAGGAGCUGAUGGCCGAGUCGAAGAGGUCUGAGAGCGAGGCGCAGAAGGCCUACGAGCAGACGAUCCGCGACACCAACGGCGCAGUGGCUGCGCUUCAGAAGGAGGUUGCUGGUGUUGCAGAGGGAAGCUACAGGCUCCAUAUAAUCGCUCCACCAGCUGUCUCGGGCGCGCAUGCCAUGCCGUCGUCUAUGGGCAGCUCGCGGAGCUCAGAUGACGCGGCUGCUGAUCACAGCCGCAGCGGUCGCAGCGGUGGCCUCUCGCAGCCGCCACGGCGCCGCCGUCGACAGCGUGGCCAUCGCGAUGACGGCGGCCAGAUCGCCCGCUCGGAGCGCCCGCGGGGCACAGCCCGUGGCAGCGCGCCCGGCGCUCGCGCGGCCGCCGCCGCGGCCACCAUGGACGCCAUGGAACAGCAGGACCUCAUGGCAAGGCUGGACACGGCACCAACGUUCCCCUGCCAGGCCAGCCAGCCUGCAGCCGGUGCCGGUGCCGGUGCCGCCGCUGCUGCUGCCCCCAGCGAAGACGUGCUCCAGCGAGCCGACCCAUGGCAGGCAUCAGGCAGUCUUCCUGCCCGCCCGGGUGGUACAAACCCAUGGGGAGGUCAGAUCCCCAGCCAAGAGGACUUCGACAAGCAGAUGCAGUCAAUGUUCGAUAAGCAGCUCGAUGAGGCCACUUCGCGUUUCCAAGAGGUCUGCACGACCACUCUCAAGAAAGCCCAGGACGACUUCCAGUCUAGCAUGCGGCUCUGCUUCCAGCAGGUGCGACAGGUCAACACGCGCAUCGACCAGCAGAGCCACACAGUUGCAGAUAUUCAGAAACGCCAGGUUGCUCAAGAGAAAGAGCAGGAUCGGAUCCGCGACACGGUUGCCAGGCUCGAGCGCACAAUCGCUCUGGCCGAAACGACCGCCUCCUCUUUUGACACGGCGCGGCUGGCCAACUGGGAGAGGCAGGCGGAGCCCACGCUCUUCACGGUCGGCGCCCCGUCGGCGAUCGCACCGCAGGAGAUCCGCCGCGCCAUCCACUCCUGGGUCACCGAGUCGGGCCUCACGAUGGACCAGGUGGAGCUCGAUGGGCAGGUUCCGUCUCGCAAGUUCUUCACACGCACAACAGGAGUCACAACAGAGGGUCUCCUUGCUGCUGCGCUGGCCGCGAUCUUCGUCUUCCUGUGUUUCGUGAGCGGGUUCGUGAGUGGGUGCUACUGCGCCACGGUGUCGGGCACCGUCUUCUACAGCUUCAGGCAGUUCACCACCUUCUCGGUGGUGCACCAGACACCGGCCGCGUCAUCCCAGGAUCCGUUUGAGGUGGGCGCCUCGGGGACCCAGUGGGUAAUUGGAACGCCGGACAAUGAUGUGUACCUGGAGGACUUCCGUCAUCACAACCAGGACAUCCCAGGGUUCAGGCUGUCGGGUCCCGGAGGCGCCCUGCCCGGCUCGAUCGACCCCGCGGAGGCCUAUCGCUUCCGCGCCCCUCCGGGGGGUGCAGCCUUGGCCAGGCUGCAGGCGGAGGCCAAGCUGGUCGCAGAGUCGGAGGCGGUGAGGCUGGGCGGAGUGCCGCCUGGUGACGUCCCAGACUUCAAGAGGAAGUUCAAGAUCGACGAGGAGGUCGACGACACGGACGCGCGGGUGCUGCCGGUGACUCUCGAGGGCAGGCUGCGCCACAGGGACUAUGGCGAGGCGGUCGACAAGCUAGACGAGGGCACCUUCGAGGGCCUUCCAGGCCGCACUGCCGCACUGGAGCAUGACCAGCUGGACGUGCCGGACUUGAUUUCGAUGGAGUACGCGAUGCGUCGGGCCCAGCUGGUCGAGUACUACCACCGGGAGCGCACGAGGCAGGAGAUGACGUCGAAGUCGGGAGACGUCAAGGGGCCCGACAACGAGGGGCACCUGGUGUUCAUGGGGCCUGGAGACAGCAGGGAGGUGUCGGCGGUGGCCGCGCUGCCCGGCGCAGAGGAGGCAGCGGCAGGUUCCUGGGUUCCACGUUCGCCGUUGUCCAGGGCCGUGAGGCGGCGCAACCUCAGGAGGCUGCACCGUGAGGGGAAGGUCGCGGCGGCCGCUCGGACGCCGUGGGAGCUAGAGUUCGGCUCCGAGGCUGGCCUCCGCACGGGGUCGCUCGACGAGCUCGCCGAUGCCGAGGGGCUGAAGUUUCCCCACCGUUGCGCGGCGCAGCUGGGCGCCCCGCCGGCAAAGCGAGUGGGGAUUUCUCGUAUCAGCGGCGCGGCGGUCGACCCGGACGAUUUCGUGUGCCCCAGGUUCCGGGCCAUCCUUAUGGGCUGGCAAGAGCACGCGCAGGGCGCCCCGGACCAGGAGGGCUGUGGCGACGGCACCUCCGGCGAGGUCACCACGACCUACGAGGCGGCCGUCGCGCGGCUGGUGGAGCAGCAGCAGAUCGUGGAGUUGGAUCGUCUUGUCAUGAAGACGGGCGAGCUGGACAAGUCUUUGGCCAAGCACCUGGACUACCUGUACUUCGAGGGCGAGAGUGCGGCGGCGGGCCAGCUGCUGGUGGCAGCGGCGAAGUGGCGCUGCCCGACUUUCGGGCGCUGCGGAGACGAGCCGCUCCCUUUGGCCUCCCAGGCGCUGCGCGGCUUCGGCAAGAUGCCCCCGCCGCGCUCCCGCCUCCCGAUUCCCGCGGUGGUCGUGGCAGGCCUCGCGAUGGUGGCGGUGAGCCGCUGCGAGCCGUUCGCGUCGCUCGGGGCCCUCCUGGCCUUCCACCUCUACCUCGGGCCCACGGGGCUCAAGCAGAUGAGGUGGAGACACUGGUCUCAGCCGGUCGGGGUCGCCCUCGGCGGCGCGGCCGGGCGGCGCCUCGCGCUCCAUCCCAACGAGGAGGGGGUGGUCUCGAAGGUGGGGGAGCUCGACGAGAACAUCUCCAUCGACGCGACGGGCCCCCUCGCGUUCCUCAACAGGGUCAUGGCGCUCUUCCACCGCGACGUGACCUUGCGGAGGGAGCUCGGCCAGCCGGUUGUGAAGGUGAUCGGCAAGGGCAGCUACCACGUACUCUUCAGGCAAGCCGCGGAGUUCUUGAAGCUCGACCCGGCGCCCGUCCCGCGCCAGCUCCGACACGCCGGCCCGUCUUUCGACGUCGUCCAGAAGUUGAGGGCGCUGGCCGAGGUGAAGGCCCGCGGCAGAUGGGUGGUAUAUUCAAGCGUGAGACGGUCCAACAAAUAGAGCAGGGUGAACGAACAGCUCGCCCGGUUGCAGCCCGACGUUCGCACGUUCUGCGAGGCUUCCUGGCGGACCAUCGGCGACGCCCUUUUGAGGCGCUGCGCGCCCUUAGACUUGCCGUGAGCCAAGGAGUCACAGAUAUUACAAAUAUAGGUCUGGAGCUCUUUGCAGGCUCGGGCCGAUGGUCGUCGGCCUUGCGAGCUCAAGGGCACGUGGUCUUAGAGAUUGACAUGCGCCAUGGACCCGAUCAUGAUCUGCUAAGCCGCCCACUACAGAAGUUAAUUCGAUGGGCCAUCCAGUCUGGAAUCUUUUGGGCCAUCCAUCUGGGCACCCCGUGUACCUCGUUCUCUCGGGCUCGUGGCCAUGGCUGUUCUGGCUCCCGCCCAGAGCCCUCCCUUCAAGUGCACGUGCACGUUACUGUGUUUUGCUGUGGCCGCCGG